ACAAGUUACAUUCUGCUUUUUCCUCCUUGCCGUGACGAGAGUUGUUUGGCAUGGGCCAAAAAUUUUCUUAGCUGUUUACAAGAACUUUUUGUUAUCGAUAGAAUUUCGUUUUUGUUAAUGUUGCUCAACAAAACGUUUUCAUCAUGCACUCUUUCACAUAGCUUCACAUAUUCUUGAAUUAUAUCCAUUUCGAACUGGUUCCGACUUGGAGGAAAAUUUUCCCGUCGGUAAACCUCUACCGCCAGUUUUAUGUGCUAAGGCCGUGGGAGGUUUGUGCACCUCGUGUUGUGUCUUUCUUCUUCACAACACAGCAACGAAAAGCGUCAGAUUUCGAUUCGCUAACGAGCUUUUAUACAGCUUCUCUGCAAAUGACAGAAAAUUAUGGACCCUCUGUCUUGCUGAUGAGUAUAAUACUGAUUGCGGAAAUUUUAUCUAGAUCGUGUUUUCUAUUUUCAACACCACAUUAGAUAACAUGCCUGCUUACAGAAGUUCUUUUCAUAAAAGGCAAAUCGUUCAAGAUGUUGCUGCGAUAUGUCCCAGUUUGUCUUGCGUCCACGACACUAAGUGGCCGGCUUUUGUCUCUAACGAAUUUUCAGUUGCAACACAAAGCAUUGUUUACAUUUAAGGGGGCGCUCUCGCAUGAAUUAUCUUCCUGAAAAAGCGCAGCUGGACUUUGUACGUCACAGAAUGCGCUUAAAAUCGUUUCCACCAUUUGAGAACGACGAGUACCAGUACAGACUCUCGCAUAACUCCGCUUAAUUGCUGGUAUUUUGACUGCGAAAAAAACUACCUCAGAGAUAAAAUAUUGUUCUUUAUACAUUGUUGAUCUGUUCCACAAAGGAAUCAUAUAUGGCAGGAAAAAGAGAAAGCUUGGAGCGGAAAGCGAAUCGAGACGAAAACUGGGCAGCACCUGCACAGCAAAAUCAUGAUGACUCGAGGCAAACAGUUCUGCUCCUUGGAGAAAAUCUUCACGCGCCGAACAAAAACGAGCCACGCUACAUUGUGGAGUCCGACAAAAUAAAGGCUGAAGAGGUUAAUAACUCGGAUUCUGAGACACAAUUCUCUGCCACUAGAACGUAUUACAACACAGGUAGGACUGGGGUUGAAAACCACCAACAAGCUUUCCAAUCCUCCGCAAACCAGGGUAACCACGGGCAAAUUGCCCACGCACCUCCGACUCAGGGGUUAGGGAGAGGGGACCAAAAUCAGAAUUACCCCUCAUGGCCAGCACCGCGUGGUCUUAUCGGCGUUAUACCUCCCAGGGAGCUAAAUAUGAGACCAGGGGAAGACGAUGCAGACAACUCACCGAACUAUCGCCGUAUGGCUGUUUGCCAAGAGACAGACGGUGCUUUGGGCCAGAGGACAAAAAUGCGCGUCUACAUGAAGCGUUUUUGAAAUUUCAGAAAUGAUGUCUUCGAACAAGAGGAAGUUGGAUUCAGAUGCAGUAUUGUGUAGCGAUCAGAAAUUCAUAUAGAUUCGUCUUUGGUGAUGCAUUUAAACUCGCGAAUCUUUCGUUGACAAAACUGUUACCGUCAGCGAAAGAUUAGUCAAGGAUCGUCUCAUUUCUUCUUAUAAAGCCUUUCGUUGAUUUCGUCGCAACUAAUUUUAGUGCACCUGUUUGUCUGAGUUUGACACUCCCUUUUAAGCCAGACAUAUCUACUGAUCUUAUAUUAGCCUACGGUUAUUUGAAACAAAAGUUCAUUGUUACGAUUUAUUAGCAAAGUAAGCUUAAGUUGGCCUGAAAGAAACCAUUAGGAAAGUUAUGUUGCGCACGUCAGAGCAAGUGAUUCGAACCCUUGUUUACGGGCGCUCAACUUAACUUUUAUCCUCGUUUCAUGUCGCUCGCAGUCUUUCCUCAAAAGAUAACUCUGAAAGAGGCUCGUAUGGAUAACCCACGAUUUGGCCCUCCCUUUCAUAAAAGAAAGGAACCUUCGUGAAAGCAGAGAUCUAAUUACCCUCCCCUAAAUGUGUAGAACACAAGGUCAACCGUCCAAUGAUCACCAGACAGUGAAUUAGAGGUCUGAACUCAAUGGUCGUGCAAGUUUAGGCGGUUUUACCCAGUCUAACUUGCCACUGGACAAACUUUAACACCGCAGUGAAUGUUUUCAUACUACUACAGAUGUAUAAAAACACAAACAGGCGAAAAGGGUACAGAAAGUAGAACCGUCGCAAUUGAGCUAAAUUUUCAGAGUGCUGGCCAUACUGUAUAACUGUAUGGAGGCGUCAUUUGUAUUGCCCGAAAAUAUCCAUGUUCGUGUGGUUGUCGUUUUAGGAAAUAAAUAAAAAGAAAAAACUGUUGCACUGGAAAUUUGAGGUUUCAAGAGGCAUAAAAAACAA